GUCACUGCGGAGAUUGGUUAUGAAGUCCAAGCUGCUCUCGGAACUCUCCGGAUCACAAAUGGGGGCGAUGGCGCCACGCACGCUGCUCCUGCUGCUGGCGGCCGCCCUGGCCCCUACCCAGACCCGCGCGGGCUCACACUCUCUGCGGUAUUUCUACACCACCGUGUCCCGGUCCGGCCUCGGGGAGCCCCAGUUCAUUAUCGUCGGCUACGUGGAUGACACGCAGUUCGUGCGCUUCGACAGCGAUGGAGAGAACCCGAGAUACGAGCCACGCGCGCCGUGGGUGGAGCAGGAGGGGCCGGAGUAUUGGGAGCGGAACACACAGAUCGCCAAGAGAAAUAAGCAGAUUUACAGAGUGAGCCUGAGGACCCUGCUUGGCUACUACAACCAGAGCGAUGGCAGCUUUCACACGUUCCAGCGGAUGUACGGCUGUGACAUGGGAUCUGAGGGGAGCCUCCUCCGCGGAUACAGGCAGUACACCUACGAUGGCCACGAUUACAUCGCCCUGAAUGAAGACCUGAAAACGUGGACAGCUCCGGACAUGGCAGCGCAGAUCACCAGAUGCAAGUGGGAGCAGGCUGGUGAAGCAGAGAAACGCAGGGCCUACCUGGAGGGCGAGUGCCUGAAGUGGCUCCGCAGACACCUGGAGUGCGGGAAGGAGACGCUGCUGCGCACAGAUCCCCCAAAGGCACAAGUGACCCAUCAUCCCAGAACAGAAGGCGAUGUCACCCUGAGGUGCUGGGCCCUAAGCUUCUACCCUGCUGACAUCAACCUGACCUGGCAGUUGAAUGGGGAGGACCUGACCCAGGACAUGGAGCUUGUGCAGACCAGGCCUUCAGGGGAUGGAACCUUCCAGAAGUGGGCAUCUGUGGUGGUGCCUCUUGGGAAGGAACAGAAUUACAUAUGCCGUGUGGAGCAUGAGGGACUGUCUCAUCCCCUCACCCUGAGAUGGGAGCCUCCUCCAUCCACUGACUCUAACAUGGCAAUCAUUGCUGUACUGGUUGUCCUUGGAGCUGUGGCCAUCAUUGGAGCUGUGGUGGCUUUUGUGAUGAAGAGGAGGAGAAACACAGGCAGGGACAGCUCCCAGAGUUCUGAUAUGUCUCUUCCAGAUUGUAAAGGUGACACUCUGGGUCCUGACUGGGGAGGGGCAAUAUGGACAUGAUUGGGUUUCAGCAUGAAGACAGCAGCCUGGAGUGGACUGAGUAACAGAUGUGUUCAGGUCUCUCCUGUGAUGUCCAGAGCCCUCAGCUUUCUUUAGACAACAGUGUCUGAUGUUCCCUGUCAGCCUGUGGGCUCAAUGUGAAGAACUGUGGAGCCCAGUCCGCCCCUGCACACCAAGUCCCUGUCCCUGCACUGCCUGUGUUCCCUUCCACAGCCAACCUUUCUGGUCUUGGGGAAUCUCCAUCCUGUCAGCUACAGUCUUCCAGAGCUGCAGCUUCUACUUCCACACUGAGAAUAAGAAUCUGAAUAUGAACUGGAUUGUUCACAUUCUUGACCUGAGGGUUGAUUGACAGUUAAAUAAGGGAUUGAGAAUACUUAGAGCGUGUGGAGGAAAUAAAUGGCAGAUGGAGAAGCUCCCAGAA